AGAGGGAGGGCGAGGAGGCCGACUGGUCGGGGAAGCGGGGGAGAAGGGGGGCUGCUGCUGCUGCUGCUGGUGCUGUUGCUGGUGUGGUGUGGCUGCACUCUUUUCUCCUUCCCUUCUCCGUCUCCUCCUUUUGCUGCUCUUCUUCUUCGUGGAUCGGUCGAUCGGUUGAUCGAGCUGAAACGUUGGGACGAAGGGAGGGCUGGCUCGCUGGCUCGCUGGCUAUAGCAGGGCCUGGUGCAAAUCGAUCGAUCUCGGUGCAACGCGAGCACGCGAGGCAGCGGUCUGUCUAUACAUCCUCGCGGGGCGAAGCUUUCUGGGCUGGGGGCAAGGAGGAAGAGGAGGAGGAGGAGUAGGAGGAGGAAGGAGGUGGGGAAAAAAAGACCGAGGCCGAUGGCGGCAGGGUCGUAUUUUAUUUGGACAUAGGGAGGAGGAGGAGGAGGAGGAGGAAGAGGAGGAGCGGCGAGGCGAGGCGAGGCGGGCAGACGAGACGCCAGGAGGAGGAGGAGGAGGAGGAGGAGCGGACAGGGCUGGCGUUCAUAAUGCGCGCUUGCGAGGAGUGCAAGCUGCCGCCGAGGGUGUAAAUCAACAGGCAGCUCCUAGCAGGUAGGCAGAGAGCAAUUUGAAGCCAACCAGAUCUAGAUCUACAUCCGCAAUGUCGAAUCGAUUGCAGCGAAUCGCAGUGCGUGAUCGAUGCCUUCAAUUGUUUGGUCUUCGGAGAUCUCCGUCCAGCAGAGGAUGUUGAUACAAUGCUGGUGAGGAGGUCAGAAAGCGGCUUGCGACUCUAAGUACAGUUCACUUUGAGACAACUGUUUUAGCAAAAAUUAAUAUCAUCGCCAACAACUUUCCGCGCAAGGACUUACGAAGUUAUGGAAGACUUUGCGAGCAUUCUGGUUAGGGAUUAUGGAUUGAAGCCGCAAGGGAAAUCCGCGCCGAUGUCAUCGACAAAGGUCAGUCCCGGUGUUGGAAGUAGCAGAGCAAGUGGUUACGGUAGUGAACGAAAGAGUGGAUCCGGUAGGAUGUCUGGGAAUGCGUCUACUUUUGGUGGACAGGACGAUGUUCCAUAUGUUACCAGGAAGAAUGGAAACACGAAGUCUUCGGGCCGAAGCACUUACGGAGGAGACGACUUAUUUUCUCCUGGCAAUUACGAUGAUGUAUUUGGUGGACCUCCCAAGAGCAGCUCCGCGGGACCUCGGUAUGAUGGUGUGUUUGGAGAGGCUCAAGAAGCUGCAAGGGCGCCUGUAUAUGAUGACUUAUUCGGGGGUUUGGGAGUCAACGAAUCCAAGGGAAAGCUCUCGUCUCCUUCGGGGUUGAGCCCACGUGCUGUAAGUCCAAGACGAACUCCCUUUGCUGCAUCCGAGCCCGCUGGCUUUGAUGAAUUGUUGCCAGGAUUUAGUUCGGAACCUGCGAAGGCCAGGUCAUCGGGAGACGCCAAAGCCUCGACUGAUGGUGAUCCCUUUGUGCCGCCGCUCAUCGACGAUCCUCUGUCUUCUGCCCCCAGCAACUCCAGUUCUGCUCCUUUCAUUGACCCGAUGGAUGUUUUCACUGUCCCCCCCACCAUGCCUCCUAUUAAUACUUCUACAGAUGGUCCUCGUGUAUCCAGCAAUACGUCUGGAGCGUUUGAUGGAUUUGACAUUUUUGAUUCCUUCCCCGCGCAAUCUUCGGUAGAUGCAAGCAAGCCACGGGAGUCAUCUCAGUCAUCUAGGGAUGACUUGAAGAAGACGGUCGAAGAUUUGAACUCAGAGUAUAGCACCGGAAUCCGAGAGCAGAGCCCCACCGAGGAACCCGAGCCUUUGGAGAGGGAUCUACCCACUGUCGAAACCUCUGAGGCUUACAACAUCUCUUCCAAAUCCUCGCCAUUUUUUAGCUUCAAAAGUGACGAUGGAAUGGACACCCCUGUAGCUCCUGGUUCAUCCUCCAAACCUGCAGACGAUUCACAAGCAGGGCUGUUCGCGUCCCCCUUGGACUCUCCCGUUCCCUACAAAUCUCGAUCUAGGUCUUCCCCAUUCGGAGAGGUGAAGGAGAGAUGGUUGACGGUGAAUGAUGUGAAGCUCGUGACAAAACCCUCACAGGUCCCCCCUCCUUCGCGGCCUCCACCUAUUCCAGGUUCUGGUAGGUAUGGAUCCGCCUCACGGCCUAGAGUAGAUCACAUGGAGAGCGUUGGACAGGACGACCGCUUUGUUUCUUGGCCAUCAGCCAACAGUACUGCAUCUGUUACUUACGCGAAUAGCUCGGAGGAAGAGCAAACAGGAGGUGCCACGCCUGGAGGAUCCAGGAAGGAUUUCUUUGGGAAAGUGGACUACAAGACUAAUCCGGGUAGCAACGCAGGGGAUGAUGAAAAGGACGGUGACGAGGACCUAGCUGCAGCAGCCAAACUUCGAGAGAAGGAGAGGCAAGAGGCGGAGGAUAUCAGAAUUGCACGUGAAAGAAAGAAAGAGAUCAGAGAUGCAGAAGCAAGGGAAGAGAGAGAGAAGGAGAGAGCCCGUAGAUACAAGGAGAAAGAAAGGGAGAGGGAGAAAGACAGGGCAGCAGUACAGCGGGUCACUUUGGAAGCGAGGGAGAGGGCGGCACAGGAUGCUCGCGAUAGAGCCCAGAGGAGCGCAGUAGAGAGAGCCACACAAGAGGCUAGAGAGAGAGCUGCUCACCAAGCUCAGAUCCGAGCCGAAAAAGAGCGUGCUGCAGUGGAGAGAGCCAAUAAAGAGGCCCGUGACCGAGCUGAGCAGAGGGCAGCUGUGGAGAAAGCUCAAAGGGACAGAGCCGAGCAGAAAGCAGCUGUUGAAAGGGCCGCUGCUGAAGCACGAGAAAGAGCCGAGAAAAUUGCUGUGGAGAGAGCUCAAGCCGAAGCACGUGAAAGGGCAGAGAAAGCAGCAGCAGAAAAAGCCGCCGAAAGAGCCGCCGAAAGGCAAAGAGAGUCUGAGAGAAGAGAGGCCGCAGAGAAGGCCCGGGAGCGAAGCCAGCAGCAGCAGCAACAACAGCAGCGAAAGGGUAGUGAGCAUGAUUUGGAUGCUUUUUUCAACCCUGGCCUCCGAGCGACACCUCCUUUCAGCGAGCCAAAGCAGAAAACAUCAUCUAUGAACAGUAACUCAGAUAAUGGAGUCAGAAGGCCGACUAACAACCCGAGGCCAUCUGUACCUCCUGAAGAUUAUUUGAGCUCACUGUUCAACGAUCCAUCUCCGAACAGCCAAUCAACAGAGGAUCCUUCCCGGGGGAAACCAAGGAACGGUGCUCAUGAACGGUCUCAGCAACGCGCAGCGAAAGCGAUUUAUGAAAUCAAACAACGGGAACAAGAGAUGCAACGUGAACAAGCUGAGAAGCACAGAGCUGCAGAUCAGUUAGAUGCUGAAAUAAGAAGAUGGGCAGCUGGGAAGGAGGGUAAUUUGCGAGCUUUACUGUCUACACUGCAAUACGUCCUUUGGCCUGAGUGUGGAUGGCAACCUGUUUCACUGUCAGAUCUCAUUACUGCAGCCUCUGUGAAGAAGACGUAUAGAAAAGCAACUCUUCAUGUACAUCCUGACAAGGUACAACAGAAAGGUGCCACAGUUCAGCAGAAGUACAUUGCAGAGAAGGUUUUUGACCUUCUGAAGGAAGCUUCGAACAAAUUCAAUUCUGAGGAAUUAUUUUGAAGUGUAAAAUUUUACAGUGGAGCUAAUUCAUCACUGCCCCGAUCGUGUGGACCUCCGAAUUUGAAAGUCCAUGAGAAGAUCUAGCUGUUCUUGGCACGUUGGCUGUGAAAUAUUUUGUUCUUUCAGUAUCUACCCAGAGAUGCGGCGAAAUUCCUUGCCGUUCUCAGAUUUUAGAGGGAAAGUUAACCUCGUAAAUAUGUAAACAUGGAAAUCUGACUCACUUGUUAUUACAGCCUUACAUCGUUUCUUAGCUUUCAUUCAUUCCUUAUCAUUCCGCUCGAAACUGAAGGAUAUUUUCAGUAAUUUAGUUGAGUUCAGAUAGUGUCAAGAGCCAAUUUUAGAAUGUAGUUAAAAAAACUGCCGAGAUCUUCAUAGAUUGAAGGAUCCAAAAGGAUCUUAUAAUUGUCGACGUUGGUGGCGUUUCUGAAGGGAGCUCCCUUAUUGAAUGGCCAGAUUGUUUGACAUAAAGGUAGGCUGGCUGUGACUGAUUUUUCUAUCAGAAAUUCCCGUUUCUCACACAAGUUCCAAUACCACUGUUGUGAGCAUGAUUCGGGACUAAUCAGAGUGAACAUGUCGAACUGUAACGUAGUUGUCAUUGUCGUCAAGAUGUGGUGCACAUUCUUGCUAUCUUGUAGGAUGUGGUGAGAAGUGUAUCGUCAUCAGGUCUGGUAGGAACUUAGGAAGAACUUAUUAGGGCAAAGUCCUUCGCUUUGUGUUCUUUGGAACUGGAUCACGAUGUUUUUUGGUUUUUUCGACUUCAAAUGUCCCAUCUGUCUAUGGAGACGAGAAAUAGUGUUCAAAAUGGAUCGGUUAUUGAAACUUAUAUGUCUUCUAUACGAGGUGAUGUUGAUCAAGUUAUUCUUCAAAUGGUGUGGGUCAUGUAAACUCGAAGCAUAAGAUUUUAUAUCAAAUAGCUCCUAUGAAGACUGGGAUUUCUACCACCUUUCAUACAUAGGUUGUGUAAGAACCAAAUAUUGACUGUUGUCCAACUCAGCUUGUUUUUGGACCUUCGUGUCACAUGCAGAUAUUGUCCACUUCGCUGAAAGCUAUCAGAAGACCAAGUAGCCGUACAGGACAGAUCCUUAGGACUACAUGUUUUGAUAAUCUUAUACUAGCUCUUGAUAUGACUUUGUUUUACAAUCGAGUCUUUACUGUAUGUAUGUCUACAGCGCCACUUCAGUAGGUAGCGUGUUUGUUUUACCAUGGUGCUAAACGCAUUUCAUUCCUAGUUACCAAAGAUGCUUGCAUAUUACUGCCUAAGUUGCACGAUGCGUGCGAAACUCUAGGAGAACUGCGGAAGGUAGCUGAGUAUUUCUACACUAGCUUGCACUUCAUCAUUAGCUGCACUCACCAACAUCUCAUCGUUACGGUAUCUCAUUUCAGCACAGAAAAUUUUAAUGCUUCCAUCUACCACUAUUAGCUGAGAAAUUAGCAAUGAGGUGGAGAAAAUGCCUCCACUUUUUAUCUUCGUAAAUUUCCAAGGUGUCAGGUGCCCUCUUCGAAUAAAACAUCAAUUAUAUUCUCUCUUGAUUAUAGAAGGGAUUU